AUGACUUGUCCUUUCCUUGGGUUCUUGCAUAUAGUCUCCAAGGAUAAGAUCCAAAGCAUCUAUAAUCAACCUUAUGUCUUGGUUCUUAAUAGGAAGUUGCUCACGAAUGGGGAGCGUUACAGGCUCCACCUUAGUAUUGAUCCUUAUUGUGCCAUUUGUGCAGGUCUGGUGGAGGACGAGUUACAUGUCCUACGUGAUUGUUUCUCCGGGUCCUUUGGAGCACAGUCUUUGUUGUCUGUUGCUGGAAGAUUUGGGCAAGGAGAAAUAAGUGGAUUUCUGGCGAUGAGCGCAUUUCCAUUUAUGGGACAUUACAAGAUAUUAUGUCAUUGGCUUCUACUAUUCAUGAGCCAAAUUAGAGCUUAUGGAGGUGGUCUGCUCCGAACCAUGAAGGUAAAUGGCUCGCAAGUUUUUGUUUCUAAUUUUGGUUCGUGCUCGGUCCUCAACGCUGAGCUGUGGGGGAUGCUAGAGGGCUUGUAUCUAGCUAAGGGCCAGGGUGUAUCUCAUCUUCUUAUUGAGUGCGAUAACACAGUCGCAGUCCAGUUAAAGAGGCUUGUAUUCUUAAGCUAA